CAUCGACAGCUCGACUCUCCAACUACAAGCGACGAUACACAUCUAUUCACCCUCCAUCAUGUUCGCUACCGCCCGCCAUCUGCCCGUGGCCCGCUCGCUCGCCAGCCGCCGCCUUUUCCACGCGACGGCUCCUGCCUUCGUCAAGGUGGGCGACAAGCUGCCCAGUCUUGACCUGGUCGAGGGUUCGCCUGGUAACAAGGUCAACCUCGCAAACGAGUUGACUGGCAAAGGCGUCAUCAUUGGAGUGCCAGCUGCUUUCUCGCCUGCUUGCUCUGAGAAUCAUAUUCCCGGCUACAUCAACUCGACCAAACUCAAAACAGCCGGCAAAGUCUUUGUUGUGUCAGUAAAUGAUCCAUUUGUUAUGAAAGCGUGGGGUAAGACCCUCGACCCGUCGGGCUCUAGUGGCAUUCGCUUCCUCGGUGAUCCUAGUUUGGCUUUUACAAAAGCCCUUGAUCUCUCCUUUGACGGUGCUUCGAUCUUUGGUGGCGAUCGCUCCAAGCGAUAUGCCCUCGUGAUUGAGGAUGGUGCUGUCAAGGAGGCGCAUGUGGAGCCAGACAACACUGGCUUGAAUGUUUCUGCUGCCGAGAAAGUUCUAUGAAUGCCUGCGACUCUGAAGAGAUCGGAAGACACCCUGUGAACAAUUCUUGGCAUACUAUUGUUCUGGGUAGGCCAACCUCAAACAAUGCUUGUUCGCAUUUGCUGAAAACAGGCUUUCGAUCAACCUGUAAGGUAAACAACCACACAGGAUCAUGGGGCGAUUGUCCAUGACUACCAUGGUGAUGGCGAGCACGAAAUUGUAGUGGCAAUGUCACUAUCAUUCAUCAAUCCCUGAACUAGUCCGUACAAACCACUUUUUGUAGGAUUUGGUAGGAUGUUGCAGCAUGCAGAUGUCCUGUAAAAAUACAAGCACCUUGCUUGCCUUUACAUCUCAAUUUCUUGCUCACACCA